AUGCAGAGCGCAGCACCAACGUCCGCCUUCCCUGCUCAGACGCGGGAAACUCACUCGGGCCUUUUGCUCUGCAGGGGCCUCUGCCGAGUUCUGCUCGCGGUCGGCCUGCUUCUGAAGCCCUGUGAGCUCCGGACAGACAGCGCCGUCCGACCCAACAUCCUCCUGAUCAUGGCAGACGACCUGGGCAUCGGGGACCUCGGUUGCUAUGGAAACGACACGCUAAGUUCCCUAGGCAUGGAUGCCAGUGGCGGGUACCGGGCGCUGCAAUGGAACGCAGGCUCAGGCGGACUCCCUCCUAACGAGACCACCUUCGCCCGGCUGCUGCACCUGCAAGGCUACAGGACGGGGAUCAUAGGUAUGGGAAACAAGCACCGGCCCUUCCUCCUGUUCCUCUCCUUGCUGCACGUCCAUCUGCCCCUGGUCACCACGCCCAGGUUCCUCGGGAAGAGCCGGCACGGCGUGUACGGGGACAACGUGGAGGAGAUGGACUGGAUGGUGGGUGAGUCCCGGGCAGGGCUGCCCAUGCAACGUCCUCGCCCCUGCCGCCGCGGUGGCCACUGUGGGUCCCCAGGGCCGUCCAACCUAGGGGCUCUUGGCCUCCAGCUCCGGCUCAGACCGUGUUCUGCUGGGACCCACGGGGCUUGAGGGGCUGGUGUCUGCCGCCCCCUCGCCCUCGCUGUCCAUGCUCUGCAGACCUGAUUCCCGGGACUGGCCCAC